UAGCAUUUAAUUCGUUCUUCGUCGGAUUCCAAAACCCUAAUCGAACUCUCGAGAUCUCCACCUCAACUCGGCUCAUCUCUCAGGUGGAGAACCCAAUUGCAUAGAACUAGCUGCUGAGGCUUUCGUUUGGGAUUAGAAAAUCUGACGGGAAGUUUCACACUGCAGCUUGUAGAAUUUGUGCCAAACUAUGGGAGACGCUAGGGACAACGAAGCUUAUGAGGAGGAGCUCCUAGACUACGAGGAAGAGGACGAGAAGGUCUUAGAUUCUGGGAAUAAAGUUAACGGCGAUGCCGUGAAGAAAGGUUACGUGGGAAUACACAGUUCAGGAUUCAGAGACUUCCUUUUGAAGCCGGAGCUUCUCCGAGCUAUUGUAGACUCUGGUUUUGAGCAUCCAUCCGAAGUGCAACACGAAUGUAUCCCUCAAGCCAUCUUGGGCAUGGAUGUUAUCUGCCAAGCUAAAUCUGGUAUGGGGAAGACUGCUGUGUUUGUCCUUUCGACUCUGCAACAGAUCGAGCCAACUCCUGGCCAGGUGUCUGCACUUAUCUUGUGUCACACUAGAGAGUUAGCUUACCAGAUCUGCAAUGAGUUCGUGCGAUUCAGUACCUAUCUGCCUGAUACUAAGGUUUCAGUGUUCUACGGAGGAGUCAACAAUAAAAUUCACAAAGAAUUGCUUAAGAAUGAAUGUCCUCACAUUGUUGUUGGAACACCUGGUCGUGUGCUUGGACUCGCCAGGGACAAAGAUCUCUCUUUGAAGAAUGUGAGGCAUUUUAUUCUUGACGAGUGUGAUAAAAUGCUGGAGUCUCUCGACAUGCGGAGGGAUGUGCAGGAAAUUUUCAAGAUGACUCCUCACGACAAACAAGUUAUGAUGUUCUCAGCAACGCUCAGCAAGGAGAUUCGCCCAGUCUGCAAGAAGUUUAUGCAAGAUCCAAUGGAAAUAUAUGUUGAUGAUGAAGCCAAAUUGACUCUUCAUGGGCUUGUCCAGCACUACAUCAAACUGAGCGAGAUGGAGAAAAACCGCAAGUUGAAUGACCUUCUUGACGCAUUGGACUUCAAUCAAGUUGUUAUAUUUGUUAAGAGUGUUAGCAGAGCUGGGGAGCUGAACAAGCUGCUUAUCGAAUGCAAUUUCCCGUCGAUAUGCAUUCACUCUGGCAUGUCUCAGGAAGAGAGGCUGACUCACUACAAAAGCUUCAAGGAAGGGCACAAGAGAAUUCUGGUGGCGACAGACUUGGUAGGGAGAGGCAUUGACAUUGAGCGUGUCAACAUUGUCAUCAACUAUGACAUGCCAGAUUCUGCUGAUACAUACCUUCACAGGGUUGGAAGAGCUGGUAGGUUUGGAACAAAGGGUCUUGCAAUAACAUUUGUGGCAUCAGCUUCAGACUCGGAAGUUCUUAAUCAGGUACAAGCUAGGUUCGAGGUUGAUAUAAAGCAACUUCCUGAGAAUAUUGAUACCUCUACAUACAUGCCGUCCUAAAAUGACAAACAAGCUGCUUUGUGUGUUUUGAUUUUUUAGACUGUUUGUAACCUUUAAAAAGGAGAGAGAGCUUUGUAGGUUUUACACUAUCAUCUGAAAUUCUCAAUGUUUCUCUAAAAGCGAAUAUGAUACUUUAUGUUGUCAGAGGAUUCAGGCCUUGAUUUUUUUUUUCUUCGUC